CCUAAAUUACCUAAAAGCAUAUCUAGUAAUAUAGCAAUUAAAUAAAACUUUGAAGGAGAAAAGUAAAUUCAAAUAAAGUGGUCGUCGUCGUUUUCAAUAUGUUAGAGACGUGUGUUGGAUCUCUAUGAGCCAUUUGAAGUCUAUAUUAAGCAGAGGAGGAGGCUUUCUACUUGGAUCCGCUCUCUCCGUUGCAUCUGCCUCAAAUCCUUCGUCUCUAGCCUCCGCGUUUUCUUCCUCAUCCUCCGCCGUCGUCAUGGAAACCCACAAAACCAAGGUCUGCAUCGUCGGGAGUGGUCCGGCGGCACACACGGCGGCGAUUUACGCGGCUAGGGCGGAGCUUAAGCCUCUUCUCUUCGAAGGAUGGAUGGCUAACGAUAUCGCUCCCGGUGGCCAAUUAACAACGACCACCGACGUCGAGAAUUUCCCUGGAUUUCCCGACGGUAUCCUCGGCCUUGACAUCGUUGAGAAAUUCCGGAAGCAGUCGGAGCGAUUCGGUACCAAGAUUUUCACGGAGACGGUUAACAAGGUUGAUUUCUCGUCGAAGCCGUUUAAGCUGUUCACCGAUUCGAGAACGGUCCUCGCCGACGCCGUAAUCAUUUCGACGGGAGCUGUGGCCAAGCGGCUCAGCUUCACCGGAUCUGGCGAAGGCGCUGGAGGUUUCUGGAAUCGCGGAAUCUCCGCUUGUGCUGUAUGCGACGGAGCUGCUCCGAUUUUCAGGGACAAGCCCCUUGUGGUUAUUGGCGGCGGAGAUUCGGCUAUGGAAGAGGCGAAUUUCCUCACCAAGUACGGAUCCAAGGUUUACAUAAUCCACAGGAGGGAUACCUUCAGGGCGUCUAAGAUCAUGCAGCAGAGAGCUAUGUCAAACCCUAAGAUCGAAGUGAUCUGGAACUCUUCGGUAGUGGAGGCAUACGGAGACGAGAACGGGAAAGGAGUUCUCGGAGGAUUAAAGGUGAAGAACGUCGUUACUGGAAAUGUUUCUGAUUUGAAGGUUUCUGGACUGUUCUUCGCCAUUGGUCACGAGCCAGCAACGAAGUUCUUAGAUGGGCAGCUUGAGCUUGAUGGAGAUGGUUAUGUAUUGACUAAGCCUGGUACAACAAAGACGAGCGUGGUCGGCGUAUUCGCCGCCGGAGAUGUCCAAGACAAGAAGUACAGGCAGGCCAUCACUGCUGCAGGAUCUGAGUGGUUCUGUGUUGUGCCUUUGUUUGCGGUAGAAGCCUAUGCAGUUUCAUUCUCAUACUCUGGUGUAUGGCGGCUUUGGAUGCAGAGCAUUACUUACAGGAGAUUGGAUCUCAGGAGGGUAAGAGUGAUUAGAGAAGUUGGACUUGAGUCUGGAUUUUGUGCCAAGUUGUAACUCUUUAGUAGUCACAGCUUCGACCAAAUUUCUCUUGAUUUGUUUCCUCAGGUGAGGAUCUUUUUAUUUAUUUAAUUUGAUUAUGUAAUCUCAGUUUUAGUUGAACUGAUUGAAUUGGAGUCUCUAGAGCUCUCAAUAAAACUAGGGUUGGCUGCCGGAAACCUCUUAAACUAUACAAUUUCUGUCUAAAUCCACCUAUACUAUUUACCUCUGUAUAAUCCCCUUCUAACUAUUAUAAUUGUGCAUAUUCCCCCAUAUCUAAUUAGAAUCAUAAAAUCACGAUUAAAACCUUAAAUCGUGUUUUGAAAACAGUGGUUGUCCAAAUCAACUACUUUGCCUAAACCCUCUAAAUUAUACAGUUUCUGCCUAAAUCCACCUAUACUAUUUACCUCUGUAUAAUCCCCCUCC